AGAGAGAGAGAGAGAGAGAGAAGGGGGCGUUCGGUUUUCGAUACGACCGAAGCCUCGCCCCCUUCUUUAAAUCCCAGCUCUAAUUCGACGGCGAUCUCUCCAACGAGAGAGAGAGAGAGAGAGGUACUCAAAAGCCAAAGCUCCACCUCGUGCCUUGACGCCUCCAAAGCUCUCCCUCUCUUCUCCUUCUCUUCUUGUACCGUUCUGUUCUUCUCUCGGAGUUGGUGGCCAUGGCACAGGUGGUAGCCACUCGAUCCGUCCAAGGUUCUGCCCUCUUCUGCUCCAGCUCCGGAUCUGGGGCCCGGAAUAGCCCCUCUCUCGAUAAGAUCAAGCCCUCGAAGCUCCCGGCGAGAUUCUUCCAAGGAAAGGAGCGGAGGAGCACCAAGGGCAGUUCUUGCUGUUCGCCAGUUGUUGCCGUGGCGAGCCGGGUGCCUCGGGACGAGGCGAUUGUUCUUCCUGUCACUCCCGAGGAUGUCCCGGAGGAAGAAGCAAAAUAUCAGCACCUGAAGAGCAUUCAACAGUUAGGAGAGGUAUCGCAAGGAGUAUGGUCCAAGCCGAACGCGAGGCGCAAGACAAAGAUAAUCUGCACUAUCGGCCCAUCCACCAACACAAGGGAGAUGAUAUGGAAGCUUGCUGAGGCCGGCAUGAAUGUCGCUCGGCUGAACAUGUCUCAUGGAGAUCAUGCAUCCCAUCAGAAGGUCAUUGAUCUGGUGAAAGAGUACAAUACUCAAUCAAAAGACAAUGUGAUUGCAAUCAUGCUUGAUACCAAGGGCCCAGAGGUUAGGAGCGGUGACUUGCCGCAGCCAAUUUCAUUAACUAGUGGUCAGGAGUUCACUUUCACGAUAACAAGAGGAGUUGGCACAGAGACAUGUGUCAGUGUAAACUACGAUGACUUUGUCAAUGAUGUAGAAGUUGGAGAUAUGCUUCUUGUGGAUGGAGGAAUGAUGUCCUUAAUGGUCAAGUCAAAGACUGAAGAUUCUGUGAAAUGUGAAGUUGUUGAUGGAGGUGAACUUAAGUCCAGGCGGCAUUUAAAUGUCCGAGGAAAGAGUGCGAACCUGCCAUCAAUUACUGAUAAGGACUGGGAUGAUAUAAAAUUUGGAGUGGAAAACAAAGUUGAUUUUUAUGCAGUUUCAUUUGUCAAAGAUGCAAAAGUUGUCCAUGAAUUGAAGGAUUAUCUCCAAAGCUGUGGUGCUGAUAUACAUGUGAUUGUGAAAAUUGAAAGUGCAGAUUCUGUUCCAAAUCUGCAUUCUAUAAUUACUGCAUCCGAUGGGGCUAUGGUAGCCAGAGGUGAUCUUGGAGCUGAACUCCCUAUUGAGGAGGUUCCACUGCUGCAGGAAGAAAUAAUUAGACUGUGUAGGAGUAUGGGGAAAGCUGUAAUUGUAGCAACAAACAUGCUAGAAAGCAUGAUUGUUCAUCCUACACCCACCCGUGCAGAGGUCUCAGACAUUGCCAUUGCAGUUCGUGAGGGUGCAGAUGCAGUAAUGCUCUCUGGAGAAACUGCUCAUGGAAAAAACCCACUAAAAGCUGUAAAGGUGAUGCAUACAGUGGCUUUGAGGACUGAAGCAACUAUGGUCGGAGGAGAAACACCAGCUAAUCUUGGACAGGCUUUCAAGAAUCACAUGAGUGAAAUGUUUGCAUAUCAUGCAACAAUGAUGUCAAAUACUCUUGGCACCUCAAUUGUAGUCUUCACCAGGACCGGAUUCAUGGCUAUCCUACUUAGCCACUUUCGGCCUUCUGGGACCAUAUUUGCCUUUACAGAUGAGGAGAGAGUGAGACAGCGAUUGUCCCUGUACCAAGGCGUUUGCUCCAUAAGUAUGCAAUUUUCAGAUGAUGCAGAGAAGUCAUUAGCCGAUGCCUUAUCUUACUUGCAGAAGCAAGGUAUGAUAAAGGAAGGAGAAGAGGUAGCUCUCGUUCAGAGUGGCAGGCGACCCAUCUGGAGGUCCCAGUCCACACACAGCAUCCAGGUUAGGAAGGCCUAGUGUGACGAACUAUAAGCUUCCAUCAGCAAUAUCUUAAGCAAGAAACUGCAAAAACUCUAGGUGAUGCCCCAGUGUUACCCCAGUGCGAAGGCAGUUUCUUCCACAUUAGCGUGUUCAAUUUACAUUAGAAUCUGUUGCAGAUUUUUUGAUUGGGUGGACAAUUUUCAGCUUUCAUUUUGAGUGAUCAUUUCAGACGUGCAUAUGAAUAUAAAUGCUAUUAAUUUUCUAAUUUUCCUUUC